GAGAUUUCCCGCCUCGUCCUUUUGUCGCCCUCCCCUCCUCUUCCUCCACUCUCUCUCUCUCUGCUGUCAUUAAUGGCGGCUGCGCUUCCUUUCUUCUAGGUUUGCUAGUCUCGACGGAACGGAGGAAGACUCUUUCUCUCUGUGUGCUUUAAUGGCUGGGUUCCUAGUUUUGCGCGUCCGAGAUGGAAUGGUGAAUCGGAUGGCGACUCGUCUGCGGAAGCACAGGAGCCUCUCUCGUCCUUUCUCCCCUAGAGGGUAGGCUCGAGAGUCGAGACGUGGCUCUUGUCUUCUAGAGUUCUUUGACGCGCCGCAGGUGCUGCUUCUCCUCCUCUGCUGCAUCUGGGGAAAGAGUUUCUGAAGCAGGCGCUCUUUGUGGAUGAGAGCGGUCGAUUUGGGUUUGAGACGCAGAGGGAAGCUGGGAUCCAGAGCUUGUGCCGUUGUCCUUUGGAGUUCUGCUAACUCUGUUGCUUACACAGAGGGGACGACGUGUUAUAGCCUCAGUCACCGCGGAGAGGAUAUUGUGCAGAGAAGUACUCCCCAGUUAGCAUUUUCUUGACCGUGUUCAGCUUUCCGAGAGGUUUGGAGAGAGAAAUGCACCUGGCCUGAUAGCUUCGGAUCAAGCGGCUCUUUUCUUUAGGUUGGGUUCAUCGGAGACGCUCAGCGCUGGAUUAUCAUUCCUGAGUCUCGAUUGACGAUCUGUGUUCGCUGCCAAACAUUUCAUAUUAAAUGUGGGUAGUUAUUGGAGUCAGAGAAAUCAAAGAGAUUAGGUGGGGUUACUGAACGUCUGCUAGCAAAAAAGCUGGGAGACAGACUCAGCUAUCCACAUUCUGCAGGUUUCUGUUCUUCUAGGCAUUGUUGCUGAGCUUAUGAGAACCGGAAAGACAGUUUCUUCCGAGUUAUUUUGGUGAAGAAGGUAGAGUUGUAGUUUUCUCAGUAUCCUAUGCAGAAAGAGAAAUAUCAGAUGUUCGUUCUCCAUAUCUGAGUGUUGAAGAGAAGAAACAAAUCUUGGCGUGUCAGGUUGUCACAGAUGGCAACUCUUCUAUCCUUUUAUGUUACUCUAUUCCUUGGUUUGCUUGUUAUAGGUCAGGCAAGUUCAGACCCUGUUGCAGAUAAGAAUGCAUUGAUCGACUUUAUUAGCAAGAUGCCUCCUACCAGAGACCUCAAUUGGGAUCCAAAAUCCCAAGUGUGCAAUAAUUGGGUCGGUGUGAUAUGCACUGCAGAUGGCAGUAGAGUGGUGGGACUUCGCUUACCAGGAGUUGGAUUGUCUGGUUCAUUACCGCCGAACACACUCAGCCGACUGACCAAGCUUCAGAUCCUCAGUCUUAGAUCCAACGGCAUAUCCGGUCCCUUCCCUAACGAUUUUUCCAAUCUCACAAACUUGGUUUCCCUCUAUCUCCAGAACAACAACUUUUCUGGACCCUUGCCUUCUGAUUUCUCACCAUGGAAAAAGAUGGUCUUUUUGAAUCUCUCAGACAACAGUUUCAGCGGUAGCAUACCUUAUUCUCUCUCAAACCUAACACAACUUACAGGUUUGGACCUAAGAAACAACUCGCUCUCCGGCAACAUCCCGAAUCUGGGCCUUCCCAAUUUGCGGUUUCUGAAUGUGGCGAAUAAUCAUCUGAAUGGAACGGUACCCAAAUCUCUGCAAAGAUUUCCUAAUUCAUCAUUUUCUGGAAACCAUCUUAUUUAUGCCCCUUCUUCUCUCGAUCCAGUCUCCUCGCCUAGUUCCUUAUCAACGCCUCCUCCAGCUUCAAAUCUCCGAAGAUCGAAAAAGUUUGCGGCUACCGCUAUACUGGCUAUAGCGAUAGCUGCUUGUGCAUUGGCAUUUGUUGCAUGUGUGAUUCCUCUGCUAAUUUAUUUUAGAAAGAGUGAUGGAAAGUUCUCUGAUGGGAAAAAGCAGAAAGAUAGGAAGAAAUUAGAAAAAGAAGGAAAAAAGGACGAGGAUUACCAGGAAGGGGAGAAAAAUAAGCUUGUUUUCUUUGAGGGCAGUUCUAUGAGUUUUGAUUUGGAGGAUCUACUGACGGCAUCGGCUGAGGUUUUAGGUAAAGGUACCUUUGGAACGGCAUAUAAAGCUAUUCUAGAGGAUGCGACUGCGGUGGUUGUGAAGAGGUUGAAAGAUGUCCCAGUGGGGAAGAGGGAGUUCGAACAGUUGAUGGAAGCAGUUGGGAGUGUAAGACAUGAGAAUGUUGUUCCACUGAGGGCUUACUACUACUCAAAAGAUGAGAAGUUGUUGGUUUAUGAUUACUUUAGUCAAGGAAGCUUAACAACGCUUUUGCAUGGGGGAAAGGGCGAUGAUAGGGCUUCACUUGAUUGGGUUUCGCGUCUUCAAAUUGCUGUUGGAGUAGCCAGAGGCAUUGCUUGCAUCCAUGCAGAGGGUGGUGGGAGGUUCAUGCAUGGCAACUUAAAAUCCUCUAAUGUCUUUGUUAAUUCUAAACGAUUUGGAUGCAUAUCAGAUUUCGGCUUGUCUGUUACAUCAAUGCCAGUAGCCCAGCCACGUACACGGUCAGUUGGGUACCGAGCUCCAGAGGUAAUGCAGAUGCGGAAGCCAACACAAAAAUCGGAUGUUUACAGCUUUGGGGUUCUGAUUUUCGAGCUCCUGACUGGAAAGCCUCCUAUCCAUAUUCCUGCUCCCAACAGCUCUGGUGCUGGGACCGAAAUUAUUGAUUUAGCCAGGUGGGUGCAGUCUGUGGUGCGAGAAGAAUGGACAGCUGAAGUAUUUGACGUUGAACUACUGAAGUACCCUGGGAUUGAAGAGGAGCUGGUGCAGAUGUUGCAGGUUGGUAUGGCAUGCGUUGCAAGAUUGCCAGAACAGAGGCCCAAGAUGGCCGAUGUAGUGCGGAUGAUUGAGGAUGUCAGGCCGUUCGAUUCUGGAAACCUGCCUUCUCCAGUGGCAAGGACACCAGAGGACCUCCGACCUUCCACUUCAGGUUAGUACAUGUCUGGUGCUGCAGCAGCUGCCAUUGUCUUAAUCUGCGAUUUCAGCAGAUUGCAGAAACCUCCUUGUUUCUGUGAUGAUUCGCUAUUCGGAAUGUCUGCAGCGAUGCUGUAGUUUUCAUAAGUUUCUUGUGAUUCUCGUCAUAUGGCCUUUGUUGUUCCCUUCGAUUUCAUUUCCAUUCAAUUGUUUUGUUUAAAGUCCUCUUGUGAUUAAAUUACUUUAACGAGACUGAGAUGAAAUUGAUAAAUUAAGAUGGGAUUAACAUUUGCCAUCUCGGAAA